GUCUCCUGUGCCCAGGCUGCGGGUAAACAUGGUGCUGGAAACCGGAUAUUACGAUAUUCUCGGAGUCGAACCCGGUUCCUCCACAGAAGAAAUCAAGAAGGCCUAUCGCAAACUGGCGCUGAAGUUCCACCCCGACAAAAACCCAGAGGAGGGGGAACGGUUCAAGGGCAUUUCUCAAGCCUACGAGGUCCUUUCGGAUUCGAAGAAGCGAGACCUAUACGAUAGAGGUGGUGAGGAGGCCAUUAAAGGUGGAGGAACAAGCGGUGGGUUUCACUCACCGAUGGAUAUCUUUGACAUGUUUUUCGGUGGUGGCGGUCGAAUGCACUCCAGGCCAGAGCGAAGAGGGAGAAACGUGGCCCAUCAGUUAUCAAUGUCCUUGGAAGACAUGUACAACGGAGCUACCAGGAAGCUUACUCUGCAGAAGAAUGUGAUCUGCCAGAAAUGUAAUGGAUACGGAGGAAAGGAGGGGUCUGUGGAGCGCUGUCCGAACUGCAGGGGGAGUGGUACUGAGGUCCACAUCCAACAGAUAGGGCCUGGUAUAAUCCAGCAAAUUCAGACCAUGUGCUCGGAGUGUCGAGGAGAGGGCGAGCGGAUUAACGCCAAGGACAGAUGCAAGACGUGCAGCGGCAAGAAAGUAGUGCGAGAGAAGAAGAUCUUGGAGGUGCACGUAGACAGAGGGAUGAAGGACGGACAGAAGAUCACAUUCCACGGAGAGGGUGACCAGUUGCCGGGACUUGAGCCUGGCGAUGUGAUAAUUAUCCUCGAUCAGAAAGAACAUGCGUCGUUUCAGCGCAGCGAGAACAAUCUCAUCACCCAGAUGGAAAUCAACCUGGUGGAGGCCUUGUGUGGGCUCAAACACACCAUCAAAACCCUUGAUAACAGAACCCUGGUGAUCGGCUCCCGGCCAGGAGAAGUGAUCAGACCAGGUGACGUGAAAUGUAUUCUGAAUGAAGGAAUGCCCUUACAUAGGAACCCUUUUGAGAGGGGUUUGCUCAUAAUACAGUUCCAGGUAAAAUUCCCAGAGCCGGGUUGGAUUCCUAUCGCUGACCUCCACAAGUUGAGAUUCCUUCUUCCGCCUCAGACGGAUUUUACUGCCACAGAGGACAUGGAGCAGGCUGACCUGAUGGACCUAGAUACACAAAGCCACCACAGCAAUGAGUACACCAGCGAGGCCUUUGAAGACGAGGCAGGGUCCCAGCGAGGUGUCCAAUGCCAGACAUCUUAA